AUGCCGCGCCUGCCACGCAAAGCAGCCGCGGCGUCCAAGGCGACCAGAGACUACAGAGAGUCACCAAGUGCCGCGCCGGCCACGCAAAGCAGCCGUGGCGUCCAAGGCGACCAGAGACGGCGUCCAAGGCGACCAAGCAGUCGCGGCGUCCAAGGCGACCAGAGACUACAGAGAGUCACCAAGUGCCGCGCGGGCCACGCAAAGCAGGCGCGGCGUCCACGGCGACCAGAGACGGCGUCCAAGGCGACCAGAGACUACAGAGAGCCACCAAGUGCCACGCCUGCCCGGCAAAGCAGCCGCGGCGUCCAAGGCGACCCGAGACGGCGUCCAAGGCGACCAGAGACUAUACAGAGAAGUGCGGCGCCUGCCACGCAAAGCAGCCGCAGCGUCAACGGCGUCCAAGGCGAGAUUUUCGAGGGCCCCAAAGAUAUGAAGUGGACCGUGAAGGUCAGCCACUGGCAUCCAAAUACCAGUGGCGGCGCGCAAUUCCGAAACCAUGCCAUCAGAAUACCAGUAGCGGGCGGGAGGACUGUGAAGGUCAGCCACAGUGGCAUCCAAAUACCAGUGGCGGGCGCGCAAUUUCGAAACCAUGUCCUCAGAAUACCAGUUGCGGGCGGGAGGCGUCUUCACGCAUCGAUCCAGCUGCCGUUCGUGCGCCACUUGGCGCGACAACUAGCGGCGAAACUGGAUGGUGUCGAGUCCUUGGAGGCGCAGGAGGAUGAACGAAACUGGAUUCAACGAAAGCUGGACCUGGAAACAGCGUGCAAGGACAUGGAAAGAGAACGCGCAAGACUGGAAGCGUUGAUUCAAAACCAGAAGGCUGAAUUAAUGCGGCUCAAAGAGGAGCAACAGAAGCAUUUGCAGCAGGCAGAGCUUUGGAAGCAAGAAAAGGCUGCAGCUCAGCGAAAAUUUGAAGAUGCUUGCCAGGAGCGAAUUCGCAAACAACGAGAAGAGUUGAGAGUCCUCCAGGAGGAAACGGCGCGUGUGGUGAAGCAGCGCCAAAACCUGGUUGAAAGCCGACAAGUGCAAGAGCAGGCGCUUCGAAAGCAACAGGAGACCUUGCAAAUCCUGCAGCAGCAGUGCAAGGAGCUGAAGCUGGGAGCCUGGGAAGCUGCCAGAUUCCCAGAGAACCAGGUUGAGAAAAGGACGGCCGAACAGAAGGACAACCAGAAGAGGCGAUCCAUAUCUUCUGACGGAACGGAGACUCCAACUUCCAGCAACGAGGAAGAGUCCGAGGCGGACUCAGAGAAGAAAUCGGAGGAACUUUCCCCACAAGAGGGUUCGGAGCGAAAAUUGGAAGCUGCGGAGAGUACCCGUGUGGUUCCAGAGGCAGCGAAAGAUGCAAGUGGGGUCCAAUGGGCCCAGCAGAUUGAGAAGGCAACAAGACCAUACCCUCAACUGCUUAAGGUCUUUAACGACAAGGAGCCCCUUUCCGGUCGAACUUUGCGAGAGCCAGGGGUGGAGGAGUUGAAGAUCCGACUUCAGGAGGAGUGGUGCCACAAGCAGAUGCUGCAAAGUCAGUUGAUGACUUCUGAGCAGAAACUCCAAGAGCUGGCCGGCGCUGAAGAGCAGCGCCAGGAACUGAUGAUCCGACUUCAAGAGGAGUGGUGCCAGAGGCAGAUCCUGCAAAAGCAGCUGAUGGCCUCUGAGCACGAGCUCCAAGAGCUUCGCGCCGUUUGUGCGACAGUCUCGGGAGACUGCUUCACGUUGAAGUCAGAGGUGCUGCAGUUGCGCAAGGAGCUGGCAGAGAGGGAAGCGCUGGAGGUAUUUCUUCGACCGCAGAUAGUGGCAGAUUGUGAAGUCUGA